AUGUCACCCCCAGAUGCCCGAACACGUCGAAAAAUCAGCUUGAAACCGGCCAGAGUGCUGACUGGAUCAAUCAGCAAUAGACUCAUACCAAUCAUACUACCCUCCAAUGUCAUCUUCGUGCUGUCGCUCUAUGCAGCAAAAGAGCUACUUCUCUCAUAUGAUGUGGGGGUGUUCUGGGUGCUUAUGAGGGUGUUGGCUUGUGGCGGUUUGGGUAUGCUAACAUGGGAAGCUUUUACGGGGAAGCUUAUGAAGAAUGGCAAUAUAGAGUGGACAGCAAUUGGCGUGUCGUCGUUGCUACUCUUCGUGCAGCAGGCAGCCCUCUUUACAGCAUUGUAUCGUCUUCCCUCUCCAAGGGUAUUGUUGUUCAGUCAUUUCUCCGCAAUGUGGGUGGACUCCUUUAUAGCCCCCGCUUCGAUGUGGAAGCCCAGCCUGACCUUCUCGUCGUUUUUGAUUUCAUUUGCUUCUGAUAUGCUUUUGUCUAAACGCAGCGUCUCCAUUAUUGCUCCUGGUUAUGGAGCUUUAGUUAUGCAUGGAAUAUCCACUUAUGCUCUUGAGCAUCUUCGUGGUGUCCUAGCUCCAACUGUGAACCCCACAUUGACAACUGCUGUCAGUACACUCGGUGCGGCGCUUGUUGGACUCCCGUUGUACGCCUUCAGAAAAGCCCUCCUUGACUUUCCGCCGACACCCAUCGUCCCUUUAACCUCCUUGGCAGUCCUUCCAAUUCUGGCAUAUACCAUGAUAUUUUUAACGCCGGACACAGUUGGCAUGCAAUUUAACGCUACCCAGACCUCUCAAAUGUUCUUGGUCUCCUACCCGAUCGCCUUCCUUGUUGCGACUGCCAUGGGCUUCCUUGGGUUUUCACAGCACCCACAUUCGACCGAUUUACUAGUGGGGGUGAUGCUUUAUUAUUCGAUAUAUCCUGACAAUGAUCCUACACUAUCUGGCCCAUCGCGUACUCCAAUGUCGAAAGUUAUACGGUUCUAUUUGAACUCGAUACUUUCGGACCCUGAGUCGAGAAAGAUAUUUUAUUUCCUCGUGUUGAAUCUGGCCUUCAUGCUAGUCCAGAUGCUAUAUGGUAUUUGGACAAAUAGUUUAGGUCUCAUCUCUGAUGCUAUCCAUAUGGCCUUUGAUUGCAUGGCUAUUGGUGUCGGUUUACUAGCCUCAAUUAUGGCAAAGUGGCCUCCAGAUGAAAGAUUCACGUACGGAUACGGCCGAAUCGAAACUUUGUCAGGAUUUGCUAAUGGAAUAUUCCUCAUCCUAAUAUCUGUUUUCAUCGUCUUUGAAGCUAUACAACGAAUAUUGGACCCUCCGGAAAUGACGACGAACCAGUUGUUAUUAAUCAGCUCCCUCGGACUUGGUGUUAAUUUGUUUGGCAUGUAUGCCAUGGGUGUUCAUCACCAUCACGGUCACUCUCAUAGUCAUGGACAUGCACAUCAGCAUCAAUCACAUAAUGGGCAUACUCAUGGUGACCAUGCCCACGAAAAUGACAGUCACUCGGUCGCUGCCCAUUUGCAUGGCCCCGCGAUUUCCAAGCUCAGUGAACAUCUGCAGUCCCACGAAGACUCUCAUGCAAACAACCACUCCUCACAUCGGCACUCUUCAAAUCACACAUCUCCCUGCUCGGACCAUGACUCUCAUUCUCAUUCAGACUCGCAUUCACACUCUGAUCAUGCACACACGCACCCUCCCCCUUCCCCUUUGUCUAUGGAUCACGAGGGCUCUUCAAUGCAUGGCCGCAAGCCUCACUCUCGAGGUCCUUCCCUCCAUAUACCCACUGAUGGCGCCCAAGUCGCAUCUGCCAUUCCAUUUCCCCUGUCUUCCCCCAUUGGCGCAGACUCGCCAAUUUCACCCAGCUACCCUAGCACUUUAAAGCAUGACCAUCAUCAUCACUACCACCACGGGAUGGAGUUUUCGGAACACAGCCCGCGCAAUCAUGAUCAUGAUCAUGAUCACUGCCACGAACAUGAACACGGGCACCACCACGAAGGACACAGUGACAACAUGCGUGGCGUUUUCUUGCACGUUAUGGCGGACACGCUCGGUUCUGUCGGUGUCAUUAUCUCGACCCUCCUCAUCCAGUUCUAUGGAUGGACCAUAUUCGAUCCCAUAGCAUCGUUGUUCAUUGCGGUCAUGAUUGCAGCAAGUGUCAUACCGCUGGUAAUCGACACAGGCAGGGUCCUAAGCCUUGAUAUGGGGACCCGCGAGAAAGAAGUUCAACAAGCUCUCUCUGAGCUUGCCUUCGUGGAUGGCGUCGCCUCUUACUCAUCCCCUCAGUUCUGGCCUAAAGACUCGGCAAGCGUCAUCGGUUCGAUCCACAUUCAGCUCGCGCUUUCAUCACACAGACAUCCUGACACUGAUGGUGUGCGCGAACGCGUGCACACCCUUCUGCGGAGCAGAAUUUCGGGGCUUGAAGAGUUGACCAUACAGUUGGAAGAGGAGGGAGACUCGUUGGAGAGUAGAUAA